AUGGUUACGCUAUUGCUAAGGAAAUGGAACUUUGAUAACAUCACUAAAUGUAAUUCAGCUGAUGGUAUUCCAUUAGUAGAACAUAAAAUUAUUACCCUGACAAAAUGUGGAAAAGAAUUCACAUUGAUAAAUUCUGCUCAGAAGGAAGUCUUAAAUAACAUAAUCUUAUUAGAAAAAUGUGCUGUGAAGAAAGUAGAACGAUACUCAAUGGUCGAUAUUAAAUUAGCUAGUUUAAAUAGUGAUGACAAAGAAAAUAUGUCACCUACAGAGUAUAUACAGAAUAUUGUUGAUACUAUAAAGAGUAUCAAAAGAAAAAAUGGCAUACGUCCAGGACAGUCAAGGCAAUGCAAAAACUGUCCAAAUACUCUUGGCAAUAUGAACAACAAUAGGAUGAAUGUGGAAAAAUACAAAAAUAAACUGCCUAUAAAAUAUCAAACUUAUCAUAAUAAAUAUACCAAAGAGAAUAAUAAUAAUAAUAUAGUAAGAUUGGUUAAUACAUCAGACAAAACUUCUGACUUUGUGGUUAUUGAUACUGCAUCAGGAAUUAGCAUGACACUUUUCAAAGAGCAACUAGUUGACUUUACUCCCCUAACAAAAGGAAACCCUGGUCCAUCAUAUUAUGGAGUAGGAAAUGAUGAUCAAGAAAAACCAAUUUAUUUUGAAGGUUAUGGAUUUCUACCGAUUCGAGGUGAUAAUAAUAAAAUUAUCCAUAUGUUUACAUAUUUGGCUCCAUAUGAAGAUGCAAUAAUUUUAUCUGCAUUCAAACUAUGGGAAAUAGUUGGAUAUGGUUUUGAAUCUGGAAAAUAUGACUUUUUAACUGUCAAUAAUUAUAAAAUACCAACAAAAAUUAUGGAUCAUACAAUUUGGGUUCCUACUAAGCAAAUAAUUGCAGAAUAUACAAAUGAAAUUACAAAUAAAAAAGUAAGAAUAAUAAAAUCUUCUAAAAUAUCACUUUUAGAGGCUCACUUAAGACUAAAUCACCCACCUACUGUAGCAAUACAAGAAUUUAUUACAGACAGAGGUUCUGAGUUUACCAAUAAUAACUUGAAACAAUUAGCUGAGAAAAAAGGAAUUCAAUUAAGAUUUACCUCAACUCAAGAUCACUCGGCUAAUGCUAGAGCAGAAAGAGCAAUUCGAACAAUUAUAACGGAUACUAGAACACUACUGUUUCAAGCUAAAUUACCACUUAAAUUUUGGCACUAUGCAGUUAAGGCAUCUGCGGAAGUGAGAAGUUGUGCAUAUAAUAAGAAUACUGAAGAUGCACCAUUAAAUGUAGUAUUCGAAUUACUUGUUAAGAUAAUAUUACGUAAUUUUUUACCUUUUGGAGCUCCAGCUACGAUAUGGAAUCAUAAAUCUAAGAAAACAGCUGCACUAAGCUUACAAGCAGUGGUUUUGUCAAAAGAUCCACAAAGUUUUGGAUAUUUCUUUUAUAUACCUAAGGAAAAUAGAGUAAUUACCACUACAAACUUUAAAAUCCCUGAUCAUUCAGUAAAUUCGCAACAGAAGAGUAAUCCAGAAGAAACCAUUAUUGCACGAUUUAAAGCUAAUGUUACAUCUAAAAUAGGUUCUACUAGAAAUUUUGAAUUUGAUGAAGAUGAGAUUAAUGAAGCAUUUCCUGAUGAAGAGUAUGAAAAUGAUACUGAAGGUAUAAAUAAUAUUAUGGUAGAUGAUAAGAUAGUAUCACAACAGUUGUUAAAUGACCUCAAUGAAAAUGGUGAAGAAGAAAUAAUGGAUAUUGAAAGUGAUUUUUGUUCUUCUAAUAUAGAUCCUGACCUUAUUGAUAAUGUUAAUUUAGAUGAAAUUUUAGAACAACCUAAUGUAAUUGAACUUAUGAACAAUGAGAAUACACCAAUUAACGGUGAAAAUGAAAUUAAGAAUACAGACACUAAUAAUGAAAAAAUUGAUAAUGAUAUCAACAGUAAUAAUGAUAAUAAAGACAAAUAUUCAAUGUUAAUAAAUGAAAAUAAUUAUAAUAAUUGCAAUAAUUCAAAUGAUGAGAUGAAUAAUAUAUUAUCAUCUAAUGAGGACUAUAACUCAAUCACUGAUGAACAGAACAGUUCCAUCAUCACAAAUACAGAGAUCGUAAUACAGAGUAAUCAUGAUAUAAGAAAUGAUAUUUCCCCAUAUUCAAGCAUUCCAAUAACAUCAGAACAUGAGAAUGAAAAUAUAACUGAAACACAUCAUAAUGACAUAAUUAAUGCUAAUAGAGAAUCAGAUAACGCAUCUAUUAUUGAAGAUAGUAUUGAUAAUUUCAAUGAGGACAGUGAAAGUAGAUCAGAAAUUGAACCAGAUAGUAGUACAAUAACAGUUAAUGAAAGAGAUAAUAUGUAUAAAAGAACCAGAGAAGAAGUUGAUGUACAGGAUGAGGAAACAGAUAGUACAUCAAAUAAUAAUAUUAUAGAAACUAGCUCAUCCAGAUUAUCAUUCUCCAAGAAAAAUUUACAAUAUUUAGUUGGUCACAGAAAUAAUAGUACUAGAGGAAAACCUAAUCAUAGAAUACCAACUUAUCUACAAGAAAGGAAGUCUGGUCCUGUAAUGCCACCUAUAAUACAUCCUACAUCAAAAAAACCUCGUUUGCGAAAAGUACGUCGUAUUUUACCACGUACCAACUGGCAAAAUAAAAUAAGAUCGAUUUACUAUAAAGAAGCCAUAACAAAUAAUAAAAAUUUAAAACAAAGAGAGAGAUUUAUCAAGUCAUUCAAGAAGGAAGUUGAAAACUUGGUUAAGAUGGGGGUUUAUGACCCUGAUAUUCGCUUACCCAAAUCAGCUAUUCCCCAAAAUAAGAUAAUCUCUACAGUUAUAGUAUUCACUGUUAAACGAGAUGGGACAUGUAAGGCAAGGUAUUGUGCUCGUGGUGAUUUUACAGAAUCAAGAGUCUUACGGUAA